CCUAAACAAACUUUCAAUAUCGAGCAUGGACCUGACACAGUCAAUGAACAUCUCAAACAAAAAUAUUUCACUUUAAAUUGUUAAAAAUAUCGAAAAAAAUCAAUUUGUAUUUUUGUAUUUAGAAAAUUGACAAAAAUUAAAAUGAAAAAAAAAGAAAGAAAGAGUAAGCUCUUGUUGAUAUGGCAUAAGGCCAUUGGCUAUGGAGCUAAAAGGUUGUUGAGAUGGUUUACGGAAAUUGCAGCCCCAUAACCAAUUGACUAUGAGGUUGCCUUGCCUCAUCCAUUUCCAUAGAACCUUUCAUUUUACACAAGUUCUUUGUUUCUCAGAAUGCAACUGCAAGCUCUUUCAUUCCGAACCUUGGUUCAAUUGCCUUGUUUUUUCAACUUGCCACCAAGUAAACAGCCCAAGGAUGUUAUGACUAGGCACUUGCAUAACAGACACCCAUCAGUAACAGUAAAAAGUUUGCCUAGGAGGGUGCUUUUGCAGCUUAUGGGGUUCGGUCCGAUAUCAUUGUGCAUUUAUCCUGUUUGUGCUGCCCCAAUGCAAGAGAUGAAAGACCCUGAAGUAAUUCGGACUUUGAAGCUACCCAGUGGGGUGAGAAUUCAAGAAAUAAUUGAAGGGAAGGGACCAGAAGCUCAUGAUGGAGACUGUGUACAGGUGAACUAUGUAUGCCGACGAUCAAAUGGAUAUUUUGUUCAUAGCACCGUGGAUCAAUUCAGUGGAGAAAGCUCUCCUGUUACCCUUCCUUUGGAUGAGAACCAGAUUAUAAAGGGCUUGAAGGAUGUUUUGACAGGCAUGAGGGUUGGAGGCAAGAGAAGAGCACUAAUACCUCCUUCUGUGGGAUACAUCAAAGAAAACUUGGAACCAAUUCCUGACGAGGUUUCUCUCCCAGUUCUCUUAAUAAUGUUGUCCAGUGAACUCUCUUCCUCCCCUUCUUUCGGUUUCAUUUCUAUUUUGGAGCCUGCUAUCUCCUUACACUCUGAUUCUUUGUGUCGGAAUCAAGUUUUCAAUAAAGCAUUUUCCCAUCAAGUCAUCUACUUUUGUUACAUUUUAUUGUUGUCGACUGCAGUUUGGUCCUCGGCGUAGCCUGUUAUCUCAUGCCAAAGAACCUUUGAUCUUCGAGGUGCAGCUCCUGAAGAUAUUAUAAAUUUUCUGGGUAUUUGUAUUCCAAAUCGUAGAAUAUUGCAUUUUUUGUAUAUUUCUGGCUCUGUGUGAGCCUGCCAAGACAUGUUGUCUUAAAAACAUUCAACAGCAACAGAUUAUAACCAUGCUUUCUUAUAUGUAAUCAGAGUGAGAUUCUGAGAAAAAAAUGCUAGUGCCAAAGAUCUAAAGGCAGAAUGCAUGUCAUGGAAGUUUGAAAUCCUGGUGAAAAUAUUUGAUCAAGGUUAUUCCUAUUGUCCUCCCAUACAAAUGAAACAUUUUACACAGUGAGAAACUAUCUAGUGGAUAUCAAAACGAGGUUGUUUUGUUCCACUCUCAAAAGUAUUUUAAGCCAUACAUGCAUAUAUCAGAUUCAGAAUCCUCUCAACAACUGCAGAUCUGGCAACUUUUUUAUCUUGAUAUGAUUACUUUCAUUUGGAUAAAUUUGUUAAGGCAGCAGUGGCACUGCAAGCUGAAGAACAAAAGUUGAAGUGGGUCAUUUCCAACUUACUUUUUGCCCAUUAAUUAAAUUCAUUAGGACUUCAUUUUGCCAAUCUAAUGCUGCAGAAGCCUUCUUUAGCAGAAACUUCUUUACACCUUUUCAAUCAAAAUUAU